AUGCGUUUCCUGGCCUCCACAAACAAAUCGGACCAGCCGCCACGGACAAACUCCUUCGUGAUGAAUAUUUUUAGUGGCCAAGCAUGUCUGUCCGAAGUAUUCCCCUACCCGAGAGGUAUUUCACAUUUAUUAUUGCUAACUUAUGUACCAGUGUUAUCGGAAGAGCGUCGUGGCGUUCUGGAAUGCCUUGUUGAUCCUGUCCAGAAAUUUGUUGAGGUGAUUGUAUAGUUGUGUUUUACUGUUGCUGUAGAAUGAACUUACACCUGCUACAUAUGAUAAACAGGAGAGAUUUCCAGACGAGUUGUUGAAUGCUUUAAAAGGGAUGGGGGCGUUUGGUUUGCAAACUCCUGAGGAUUUUGGUGGUGUUGGCCUGAACAACUCGGAGUACGCCCGACUGGUUUCCGUUUUGGGAAUGAAAGAUUUGGCUCUUGGCAUCGUACUCGGAGCACACCAGGUAUUAAAAUUUUAAGAUAGGGAUUCUCACUGUUCCAUUCUCAUAAUUUUCGUGUCGUCUAGCUUCAGCAGUAUUUGACAAACUUUUUACUAAAACCUAUGAGCUACUAUGGAGACUUAUUACGUUCCGAACAAUUUUUAGAGCAUAGGUUACAAGGGGAUACUUCUUUAUGGGACUCCUCAACAGAAGAAGAAAUAUCUCCCGUCUCUUGCGUCAGGGGAAAAACUCGCUGCAUUUUGUCUGACUGAAGCCGAUGCUGGCUCAGACGCCGCGUCCGUUAAAACAAAAGCAAUCCCAUCUGCAGAUGGCAAAUACUACACACUUAAUGGAAGCAAAGUUUGGAUUUCCAAUGCCGGUACUGCUGACGUUUUCACUGUUUUUGCCAAGGUAAGUCCCUCCUCACACAAAACAAAACCAUCUUUUUUUGCAAUACGAAUGCCCGAAGUGUCCUGAACGCUCCUGAUCUACUGAAGAUCUACCUGCCGGAGUCAGGACGGUCACAAGUACGCGAGGAGCCAAGACGGGAAAAGUAGGAUGAAUGAAUCAGAAUGAAUGAGUACCCUAGAAUUGGACUUUAUUAAUCUUACAGUUGAUAUAUGAGAACUAAGGCGAGAAACAGGAGGGUAGCAAAUAAGGCAGAAUUUCAUCGAAGCAUAAGUUAGCAUGAAAUUUGCCUAGAGCAACAAACAGAAGAAUCGAAGCGUUGAAAAAUCUGAUGAGUUGUGCGUGUGGCAAAUUUUAGGUUUAUCUGUUGAGAAGACAGUCUGGGUGAAGGCGUUGUUGUUUAACCAAUGUGGAGGCGAAAGCCCGAGUUCCAGGCGUAUGAAUAAGUGAAGGAGGCUAGCCGACCAUCGGAACAUUGUGUUUAUUGUUCUCAGCUUUUCAACUCGUUUAGGAGUCCAUCGUCAGAAAGUAGCAUUAUCAGAACAAGCGACAGUUAAAUGGCGUGUUGGCCGAUAACCGAGCGAUGUCACAAGGGUUCUGUACAUGGGCGCCAGCUCGAUAAGUCGAUUAACUGAGUUUUCAUCCGAGGUCCAGGCUUCAAUCAUUUCUCGGCCCGUGUCGUUUCUGUUGCAGGCGAUUACUUUGAUAACCGCGUAACGUUCGUUAUCCCCGCGACCGGUUUGUGCAGAAUGGCUAUCUGAGGCACUUAUAAGUCGUGAUACCGCCCCCAGAGGAAUCAGUCAUCAGCGCCACCAACUAUAUGGCACUCAACCACACACCAAGGACGUUCCGGAAGCGACCGGACACAUUGCUGCGGAUAUAGGUUGUGGAUUUGCACACCGGCCCAAAGCCAUCAUGCGCAGCAAGGUCAUGAAAGUUGGAGACUGAUUAAAGCACGAGAAGGAAUCUGUGUGUUGCAUUUCGUGCAAAAACUGUCCUUAUAACCACACAUGCCAGACUGAACGCAUGCUCGGAUCGCGCAUACGCGCCGAGAAUUGAUUGAAGCCUGGGCCUCGGAUGAAAACCCAGUUAAUUGAUUUAUCGAUACGGUGCCGGCGCACAGGGCUCUGCGCAGUCACUCCCAAUCAUGCGUCAUCGAUCGAUGAUUGCCUAACACGCCAUAUAAUUGCCGCUUGUUCUAUUGUUGCUUCUAUCCCUGACGAUGGACUCCUGCACGAGUUGGAAAGCUCAAAACCAGAAAAAACAGAAUGUUCCGGUGCUCGGCCAGCCUUCUUCACUCGUAAUCAGUGUCUCCAGGUCAUGCAUGUGGUCAUCGUCAUCGCCAGCGGCACUAACAGGUGUUGCAGCAUUCUGUUUGUCAGCCAAAAUGGUGUUGCCUUCCUGCUCAGUAAUGGAUGGGUGGUCAAGUGAAAGUGGAACGGAAUCUCCAAGUAUGGGACGUGGCCUUCUCCUGGUGUCCAUCACCGACAUCAUUUUCACCUCUGGGAGCAAGAAGUCGGGCGGAUGCGGUUUCUCUUCUGUCACUACCCAACCGUAUGUGACCACAUUGGGGUUUGCUCUGAGGUAGAUCAACCUCAACGGGCGGUCUAUACUUAGACCGUUUACCGCACUUCAACAGAAUUCGGCCAGGAAAUGUGAGCCUCAUAGGGAGAGUGAAUCCAGUGGUUGAUCUCCCACUAGACAAACGCUUGUGGUGUCGCAUUAGUAAAGGUACGCGAAAGUGAUCCGAUUGAGUGCAAGGCCUUGAGUAGAGCGGGUUUCGAGUGUGUGACGGGCAUACUUUGAGAUAUUAGGGCGAGGAAAAAAGUUCCCACAAAUUUUGGUUUAAACGCUCCACCUGUUCGUUCUCCUGGGGAUUGUAUGGUCUUGUCAUACUAGUUGCCACUCCUUUAUCACCGGGGAGUUGCUAAACCUCGUAUGACCUAAAUGGCUAUCCCUGAUCGGCGUGGAUGAACAAGGGGACUCUGAAUAUGAAGAAAAGCCGGGACAAACCUUUAGUGACAGUUUCGCAGUUUGAUCAGAACAGGCAAAUUCAAAUGAAAAACGGGAACAUUCAUUAAUAAUCAUCGGCAGAGAGCAAUUUUGGGUCAUCGACGGGCGCGAACCUUCGAAUUUGAUUGACAAUUGUUCGAACGGUUGGGUAACUUUGAUGAGUUGGUCCUGUGCUUUAGAGAAGGAGUGAAGUCUGACUUCACAACAGGUCUGACAUUUAGUGACAUUACGAACCUUUUAUAUCGAAAAGCAGAUAUUCCUAGCUCAAAGUGCCACAGCCGAGAGACACCAGGAUGACAAAGUGACUCAUGUAGUUCUGUCAGAUCGAUAAUCGCUACCGGGACCCCACGACAAUUAUGGGGAAGCGUAUCCGCUGCUCGGUGUUCUUCUCCAGGUCGGUAAGUGCGCAAACACGAGAAAUAAGGGAUCACGUCGACAGAUAGCUGGCCUGUGUUCGCCCAUGGGAGCCCCAAGUCGUCGAUCCCUGUGACCAUUGGAUACGGUAAAUAGCGUUCGCUUACUGUUCUUUGGGUGUAGGUCCCUUUGUCCGGGAUAAUGCCGCGCAUAGGGAGGACGUCGGUUUGUAAAAGAUGCAGAUUCUAGACCGGUUUGAUUAUCGGGUGAUCACUCCAGAAGUUCCUUGCGUGUAGGACGAAAGAUGGCGUUUCCUCUGUACCAUUUUUCCAUCAUAACAAUGAUCAUGUGGUUGUCUCUGACGUCUAAGACAGUUUUCUAUGAAGCUUAUAGGAUAUUCGUCAAAUUGGAAUAAUUGAUAUAAGUUGGCCAAUUCUCUUGAGUAGAUACUCGCUGCUACAGUACCGUAGGGCGCGUUGAAGGAGUUUGAACGAACUUUCUUUCGUGGACCACAGGAUGGCUGCUCCCGUAGUUUAGAAUGAUUUCGUCACUGGAGUCUUCUGUGGACGCUGGUUGCGAGAUGGGCACCACACAGUCUUUGCACAUUGACGUCGAGUAACGGGAGGAUGUCUCUGUUGCUUCUUCGCGAGUGAAUUUUAUGGCGGGGAAGACGUCACUAAGACCCCAGUGCAGUUGUUCGACUUUGCAGUCUUUUAUAUUAACGAAGGUACCAUCUACGUAGCAAAGUCACAUUUUUGCUCUGAGGGUUUGAACAAAACCUUCUUAUAAUCGUUCUAAAACUAGUUCAGAGAAGAGCUUGGAACGUCUCCUGAAGUUCGACUCGCUUCUUUAUAAAAGCAUCCUUGGUGGCGGCAGUUAUGCGCUGCAGUACGUUUUCGAAAAUGUCUGCAGGUAGGGAUGAGACGUACCGGCUCUUAUAGUCCGAGGUUACGGCCUCAAAUUGACGAAGACGAUGGUAAAUGUCAGAUAUAAUCGCACGAAAUCCAUAUUUGCGAAAAAGUUACUUGCCCACCUCAUUGGACAGUGUUGAUUUAAAACGGAUAGACUUCGGUAAGAAUCCAUGAUCGCGAUUGUAUCGGACGUCUACCAUCGUCUUCGUCGAUUUGAGGCGGUCGGAAUGAUGGGUUUUUGGCUCGUUGGCCUGAAUCUUUAAUAUGCGAGCUGUUGUUGUGUGAGCAUUUCCUGCCUUGGUUUUUACACCACUGCACGGUUCUCUCAGUAGUUUAGCCAGCUCUUCGGGCACUACAAGUAAAUGACACAAUCGGACGAUACUUUGGAUUAGACUGCAUCCUCGCAUUUCUCGUCGACUUUUCGCCGACUCCCCCCCCCCGCAUCAGUCUGAGGUGUCCCAUGCCUGUUUUGAGUUUUUGGCGCUAUCUUAUUGCAGCCCUUUUGCCGUCCGACUUGCAAAGGUACGUUUUAACAGUGGGUUGUUAAAACUGCAGGCGCAUAUCAGCUUGGUCCUAUAUAUUUCCAAUUACGGAGCCAAGCGGAUCAAUCCACAUAGCUCGAGGCAAAAGGUCAGAGAGAACUUUAGCACUUCACCCGGUCACCAAAAACCCAUUUGAAACAAUGAGUACUCCAUGUUAGGAGCAACAGGCAUCAAAAAGGCAUCAAAGGCAUUAGUGCGUCAACACCUCAGUGAUUCGCUGGUCAGAAAGUUCCUCGCACUUUAUGAUGGUCACCAUAUUUCCGUCAUCCAGGGCGGUGUCUUCUCUCCCAAAUCUCACUAAAUAAUAAGGGAUGAGAGUAAGUCAAAUGCAUGGUUUAAGGGCGUUUGUUUUUCACAAAAUUUCUAUCACAGUGUGUGUUCUUGCUGCACCACAGGUUCCUGUGAAAGAAGCCGACGGCUCCGUUAAAGAGAAGAUGACCGCGUUUAUUGUUGAACGAGGUUUUGGAGGCGUUGCACACGGCCCACCCGAGGACAAAAUGGGUAUUAAAGCAUCCAAUACCGGCUCACUGUUCUUUGACAAUACUAAGGUACCCCCUGUGCACUUUGCAUCCUUGAAAUUGUUCUUUUCUCAUCUCUCAGUGAUAGUGUCAGUACUUUGCUUUUAAAAUUGCAGGUUCCGGCGGAAAAUGUGCUCGGCGAAGUAGGUGACGGUUUCAAGGUUGCUGUGAAAAUCUUGAAUCAAGGUCGGUUUGGUAUGGCUGCGGCGCUAUCAGGCACCAUGCGAUCUGCCAUCUCUCAGGCAACGGAGCACGCUGCCUCACGCAAGCAGUUUGGAAAUACCUUGGACCAUUAUCAAGCUAUCGAAGAAAAACUAGCGAAUAUGGCUGUACGCCAGUAUACAACAGAGGUUAGCUCUCAGCCCAUGCUUUAUAUCAGUAGGUUCGCUCUAAAGUCUUUGCAUCUGCCAUUUCCCACAAUUUUUAUUUAACACUUGGUCCUCUCCACAACAGUCGAUCGGUUUUAUGCUGUCUGGGACAAUGGAUCUUGGGGCCAGGGAUUUUCAACUCGAGGCAGCCAUUUCGAAAGUCUACUCGUCUGAGGCCGCGUGGUAUUGCGUUGAUGAAGCCAUUCAAGUAGGUUUUGUUGUUUUCACCCAUUUCGAUUUUUGCCUUGGGAGGUCCUUGGCUCGAUAUAAUUCAGAAAACUAACGUAUCUUUUAAUGGAGGUAAAAUAACCUGCUGUUGAAUAUGAGCCAGUUCAAAAGACUGGAUUAAGUCGCUAAAUCAGCCGGUUUAGUCAUACACGCUGGGAAGACCAGUGUUCUCGGUUUGGGUCUCUGGCCAGGAGAAGACAUUCCUUAGAAUUAAUAGCUGUCGCCCAGUAAAAGUGACGGGACUGCUGCCAAAUGGACAGAGUAAGGACAUUAACUCCGGAUCGAUGCCGGUCCUAAGGAUUUCACAAUCCUUGGAAGGUGUCCAUCGACCCGACGCGAUAUAUUCAUCGCCACAAAGACAUGCGUAUGCCGAUCGUUCGUCUAAUCAGUCCUACUCGAUUUUGAAUGCUGGGCUUUCCGCGUGCAAAAUGAGCGAGAACUGUAGGUUUGACCAUUAUUGUCUGAGAACGAUUCUCCUGGUAAAGUACGCCGUAUUCGUCUUGAAUGGGGUAGCCGGCCCUCACGAAGCUAUUGCAGGCUAUUCAAGAAAGACCACUAAUGUGAUUUGGGCGCGUUCUUCGUUUCUCGUCCCAUGAGUCCAGUGACACUGCCCAUCUGGAGGUGUCGAGGAGGCCAAUUCAGAAUCAUACAGGCCAGAUCCCGUUAAGACAUGGAGAUUGUUUCUGAGCUUUAUGUAUUCGGUCUCCCGUGCUAGAGAGAAUGGAUCGAGCUCUGUAGAUCCGACGGCACAGGUAUUCACGCAUGGGGAGGUGCAAUUCGCAGCAUCGUCCUGAUCACGGCCGUACCAAGUGCAAGUAAGUGAGAAAUCCACCAACUUGAAUAACUGACAACAACCGGAUUGCCGUUACAGCGUCCCACUAUGCACAAUUUCUCGUUGGAAGGUACCCCUUUCUCACUCCUUGAAACCAAAGCAUGCGGAUCGGCCAUCAAGCUUUUGGGCUGAGCAAACCUACACACCCGAGUGUAAAUGCCACAGUGGUCUAUUGAGCGGAUCCUGGAUGCGAUAUCGAAAUUCGUUAUCAAAAAGCCUCAAGAACUGCCUUCCUGCAGGCCAUGUCUAGCAUUCUUGUCUGGCCGCACUCGACUUGAAUAACGAGCUGUUCCUUCCUAUGGAUGCGACGUUUUUAUGCCAGAUUACCCAAACGCUAGAGCACGCAGUCUCUGCUGUUGUCCUAGGUCACUUCAACUGUACCAUGAUUUGAUUCCGAGAGUCACUUCGACUUUUUUUCUACCAAGGCACGUUUCUAUGAACCAGAACCUCCCGUCCGAGCCCGUUGUAGUGAGCAGCUGUGAAAAUGGAAGGAUCUGGUGAAGGCGAACGUCGAGUUUGCGUCCGGCCCCACAACUGGCAUGACAGGCAGUGACCAAUCUCAUGCAAUGUUAUCUAAAAAUUCGGCAAUGCCCUUUCGAUUAGGGGGGGGGGGGGAUUAUUUAAGUGGGCUUGCAAUACUAUCUUGCAGCGUAAUCCCGUGAUAUGUCAGACACGCCAGGAUGUUGGCUUCUGAAUGUACUUCUUUCCAUUGAAGAAGGAGACACGAUUGCCGAGACAAGAGCUUUCCAGUCACCUGCAAAAAUGCACUCGUUAGAAAAUGACUACUUUCUUCACCGAUUUCCAACGCCCUUCUAAAUUCAAAAUAUCUUGCAGGAAGCGUGUACGAAAACAUUAUUUCUUGCGUAGCAGAUCACAUUUUCAAAUUUCAUACCCGAAGAAAGGGUAUCUUGUGGUUUUUAAAAAGUCCCUAAUUAUUGGGUUUUUAAGACCGUGCACUGUCAAUUCGAAUAGCGUAGUACCUGUCAGUUUAAUAAUGCUCCUCAUUGAGUAUGCAACAUAGCCCACGUCCGUUACAACACUUUAUGAACGCCAUGUGGUAUUUUCUCAAUGACAUAAAGGAAGGCAUGUUUUUCCUCACGCGGAAAAUGUACAGCUUCGAAACUGAAAACCCUAAACGAAAGUGCAACGGCAGAUCAAGUUUGAGACUAGUCGGGAAUUGAGAAACCUUUUGAAACCAAGCAUUCCCUUUCUUCAAGUAUAAAAUCUUUAAAAGACAGGAUUUGGUACCGAAUAAGUACAAGAGAUAAUAUGUUUGUGGAAGUUUUCCCUAAAAUAUAUUUGAAUUUGCAAGAGCAUCAAAAAUUGAUAGGGAAAACGCAUACUAUUUAAGCAGCCAUUCUUUACCGCGGGCAUUUUUUGCAGGUGAUCGAAAGAAAGUUCAUUUAAAAGCCAACACCCUGACGUGUCUGAAAUAUCACUGGUUACUUCGCAAGAUAAUUAAUCUUACAGUCCCACUUAAGUAAUCCUACCUAAUCAAAGACCCAUUUUAGAAUUUCGGUUAACAUUUCAUGAGAUCAGUCACUGACUGCAACUGCCGUAAAAACGCAGCCGGUUAGCUGCAUGAAACCAUCUAAAGCAAUCAUAAACAUCAGUGCAAGAAAGUAUCGCUGGCCGCCUAUGAAACUUAUUUCUACCUCGUUGCAGAUUCUUGGUGGAAUGGGAUUCAUGAAGUCGGCUGGUCUGGAACGUGUUCUUCGGGAUCUUCGCGUGUUCCGAAUUUUCGAAGGUGCCAAUGACGUACUUCGUUUAUUCAUUGCGGGAACUGGUUGUCAUUACGCUGGCAAAAACCUGGCCGCAGCCUCCAAGUCUGCUACUGGCAUUCUAAGCGUGGCCGGGAAAAGAGUAUUGCGGUAAGUUGUUAAGUUUUCCCCACUUGCUCCUGUUCUAAAGGUUACAAAUAUGGGUAAAUCCGCUCCAAAGACAGUGGAUCCACUUACUUUCUAGAACUGUUUCAAUGCGCAAGCUGUACCACGCAUUUUCUUUUCCAGGUGGUAUGUUGAGUCAUUGCUCUGGUUUUGCUCUUCAGUUGAGGAUACUACUACUACUACUACUACUACUACUACUACUACUACUACUACUACUACUACUACUACUACUACUACUACUACUACUACUACUACUACUACUACUACUACUACUACUACUACUACUACUACUACUACUACUACUACUACUACUACUACUACUACUACUACCAAUAAUAAUAAUAAUAAUACUGCCACUACUUUCUAUUGCUUCACAGCUUGCUUUAUUUGCUUUUUACUUUAGUGCUUUACACCUCACGGGUAAUUCGAAGGCCAUCGUAGCAAAAUUGCCACCGGAAUUGAAUGCUCAUGGACGAAAGCUUGGUGAAGCUAUUGAUGCCUUUGGUGGAACAGCCGAGUCGCUAAUCUUGAAAUACAAGAAAGAUCUAAUUGAAGAGCAGUGUCGUCUGUUGAGACUCGCUGACGCCGCCAUUCAAAUCUAUGGAACAGCAUGCAAUCUCUCACGCGUCUCGACAUCCCUUCGGGAUCGCCGUCAAUCAGCCGACUACGAGCUUUAUCUUGUUCGCAUGGCUAGCAACACCGUGAGUUCGGUCUCUGUCUCCUGCAAUUAUUUUUCGCCGCUAGUGUAAUUGCAUUUGCCGUAUAGUAUUUUGCGCUUAUAAAUGCAGCCAUAUAUUUUUUCCUUGACCAGUUUUCCGUGCAUAACCGGCUAAAUGUCUUAAAUCUUGGAGACCGCCUGCAGUGUACCACUUCCGUUACUAUUGCCUGUCUAGUAGGUUUCCGAAGUACAACUCCAGGUCGUUCUUUACCACACCGUACACUGACUUUGUUUAUAACUGCAAACGAAUGCAGAGUGUAAACAGAUUGUACUUGAAAUUGACAUGACUGUGGUCGUUUUCAAUGUAAAUAGUCUUCUUUAUGAUGCAUAUGUUGUCCCUUUAGUCUACGAUAGCUGAUUAACUGGCCGCACCCACCCCGUCACCAGCGGCGGAGACCGAAAACCGGCCUUCUGGGAAUCGCUUUCCUGUCUUGGCGGUCUACGUCGAGCCUGGUUUUUAUCUGACUUUUCUAAUCGCUGUCCCAGUUACAAUGGCUGUUGUUAGCUGGCAGGAAAUUGCUCCUAUCGACGCCGUUGAUCUAACUAGCAUGUGUACGAAUGUCCUCUGGUAGUCCACAAACCAGGAUAAGCCAUGACACGCCGGACAGCGAUUGAGAAGGGCGGUUUCCUGUAGUCCCGGGAGUCUGAGGUAAACGUCCCCAUCCAACCGCCCGUCACUCCAUUUUAAGGUUCCAGGAUUACGCCGGACAGCCAGCCAGCGAAGCCGUACUGGGUAGCAAUCAACAUCCGCCGUAUUUAUGCCCCACGACUUUUGACCCUUUUAUGGGCUACUGACCAGCUACUUCAGUUUCCAGCCGCGCCUGAAAGUAUUAACUACUGCAUGGCUUAAGCAUGCUUUGUCGUCAGACCUCAUAGUCUGCCUUUUUCUCUGCCAGCCCAUACCGAAGUCCGUUACCCGCUCUACCACCUAUGGGUGCGUCUGGUCGAACUCACUAAGACUACCAUACAGGCUUCGUCGCCCAAUUAUUCCUUUUGUUUGGGGUUAGGUGGUUGAAUCAUUCCUGAGGCGGUUACACCUAACCCCCCCCCUAGGAAGUCGACAAAGAACGCGUCUAGAUUCCGUCAGCCUGGCAUGUCCUCACGAAGUUAUUGCAGCCAGUCUCGCUAAGACGAAGGAUCGUCCUCAGGCAGCGUACAGCGCAGCACCCGCAGUCACAUUGGAAUGAACGCACUAAUUCUCAGUACCGCAAGGUGUCAACAACUUAAUUAAGGGCUGGCAACGGAGUGCCGUCUAAUCAGUUAUGCAACUAACAAACACCCGGGUUUUUGCAGUAUUGUUGGUCAAGCCAAAUGAUUUAGUCGCCUUGUUUCCCCGAUACCUUAAAGGGUGUAGGCCAUUAUAGUUUAAAGCUGCCCGAACAAUAUCGCUAGGGUAGUUAAUAACGUCGUACAACUUUGGCACCACGAAUUCAGCAUACAGCCCUUCUGACGACCCAGUGCCUGAUGCAGGUCCAACGUGGCGACCACUUUUCACGACUAACAACAACAUGCACACUCCUGUCAUUAUUUUCGACUGCAUAGAAGUACUCCCUCCCUAGAUAAGCCGCCAAUUUUACGGGGCAUCGCCCUAUAAAUGAGCCUCGGAUUAGUCGGUAAAUGAAGAAGCGAUCCUUUCAAUUAAUUGAUAGGGCCGUUUUCACAAACUUCAUUGUGCAGGGACCGCGGAGCCUCGGACUGUUUUUUUCUUAGAAGCUCGAUGGGGAGCACGACCACUCAAGCCGGCUCUUGGUGUCGCAUAAGCCCCAUUCCAAAUGUAUAGUACCUCUGCUUGAGAAUAAACGACAGCAUAUAGUAUGUGAUAUAGCUCACGAAACGCGGUGACGGGGAUUUGAAUUAUCAGAUUUAGGCACUUAAGACGCCGUGAAUUUUGUCUAUUUGCUUAGCUCGUUCCGGGGAAUGUCCAGAAUAUGUUUACAAAUUAUCUUCCCAACCAAAACACACAUCCGAGCAGAAAUCCACGCUUGUGAGAACGCUAUUAGAAACCGCCAAAAUAAUCAUCAUUGAAUGGUCAUUUCAGACUCUGAACACAGGGAAAGACACUUUUCGUACGAUCUAGUUUAUGCUUCUGCGUAAUUCUGAACCGAAACAGGCAAAACAUUAGCGGUCUGCAUUUAUAUGACCACUCCUCUGUACAUCCAUAAUCAUUAAACGGAACUAAGAUAGCGAAAAUGGCUACAAUAUAAAGAGAAAAGUAAGUUCUUCAGAAAACUUAUCAGUAUUUUUCGGGAAAGUGAAAAAACGGCCGAAAAUGCCAUUUCUAUUGGCCUUACCGUGUAGAAGGGUAAAUUGCAGAAUGGCUUUACCGACAAAGACAAGGGGGACAGGAAUGGUCAUUUCUUACUUGUUAGGCGUCAUCCGCCAGUCAUACCCAACCCCUAAGUGUGGAACACCUGGGGCUCGAACUCGCGACCUGUUAGUUAGAAGUCCAACGUCUCUAACGACUGAGCCACGGGCUCGUUGUCCUGUCGGUUGCGAUUGGGAAUGUACAAUGGUAGAGGGGCGCUCACUCGUCCCGUUGUACCGUAGGGCUCUCUCUCGAGCUCAACCAGCAGCCGCACAGCGACGCAUAAUAUAAGUAGAAUAACAUUGCCGACAAAGACAACGGAGACUGAAAUGACCAUUUUUGGCUUAUUAGCCGUCGUCAGCCAAUCAUACCUAACCUCGGAGUGUGGAAGUGCGGCUGCUGGUUAGGCUCGAGAGGGAGAUAGAGCUCUAAGGCACAACGGGACGAGUGAGUCCCGCAACACGGUCGUUGAGCGCCUCUCUACCAAGGUAAAGUGCGUGGACAUUGGUCAGCAGAGUACAGUAUUAAAGCACUUGUUAAGUAGGUAACUUAAAGAAGGCUUUCCAAUUGACCGGAAGCAUGUUUGUCGUUGACUUUUGUUGUGGACGUCUUUUUUCGACAAUGGGGUUUUAUUUUUAGGUCAGUGUUCAAAUAUGACCCAAGCGGCCAUCUUUAUAAAAAGGACGUCCAAGUACUCAAUACUUCAGCAAACGCUUUCAGGGAAUACCUUAUUUCGAAGGUUUUGAUAAAUACGUGGCACAGAACAAGGGCAAUUAGUCAAAAGCAGCGGUAAUCGUAAAGUAUCCAAGGGCGCUGUGAGACUACAGACUUUACUGUCAGGACAUUGAAUAGAAGGACAUUUUUCGUCGAUUUAAAUUACUACGCACGCCACUGACACCGUUUUGUCUUCAACACGGAGUCCUUUUAAUGCACCAAGUUUACGUUUUCCGGUUGCCCUACAGCGGAUUUGGCCGACAGUGGACUUUACGAUUACCCUCGAAAACAGGAAUUACAGUUGAUGCGCAUGAACUUCCAACGGUCUGCCAAGGGCCACGCAGAAUCGACUAUCGUUGUUCUAUUUUUGACGAAAUGCGACCCAUUCCAUCUUACCUUUGAGCCCAGUGUUCAAUCCUACGAUAGGAACAAAUCGGUGAAUGUCUCUUGCAUGAGACUUCCAAUACACUCAGUCGCAACCGCCUGGAUGUCAGGCUAUGGGGUUGGGCGAAGACGAUAAAUGAGACGAAAGUUACCAUUCCCAGUCCCUUUGGUCGUUUCCGUCAAUACUUGUCUCCUAUGGGACUAGUGAGGUCCAUUCGUCUUGGAUAGUGAACUAAGUCGACACGAAUGAUCCCAAAAGCGUCAAGCUGUUUUGCGUGAAAUGUCCGCUCUUGGCGUGGCUUUUGGCCUUAUACUUCCUAGGCGCGGUUUCAAAAUGAAUCAAUAGAAAACGUACUUCAAUAACGCGCAUGGAUUCCGGAUUUAAGUUUGAAAAAAACUCAUUACCGUGGUUGUGCCAUUUGUACCCUUGGUUUUCAAUAUUUCGCAUCAUUUUAUGGAGAUGCACCCAGAUUCAUUGUGGCACUCAUUGAAUAGGAAAUUACCUCCUGUAAUUCGGCAGUUACAAUGAGAGGAUCUUCCGAUUUUCUAAAAACUUUGCGGCUCUGCGCAUCCAUGCCUAUUGUGACUUCAUGUAAUCACCAACAAGCUCCCCAUGUGGACACGCAGGGUUGUGUUACUUCAGAGAAGAUGUAUUGUGUGUGCAUGGAGCGUUGAAACUUCAAGAACCGACGGUGACUCGAAUUUCAUUUUAAAGUGUACCGUUCUUCGUUUUUUUCUGACCGCAAGUUCCCCUGCAAAUAUAAAAAAGUAGUCGGCAUAAUUUCUUAUAGAAUGGGCAUAAAACGAGCCUUCAAAGCGGUCUGUUGCAGAAUGUAGCGUUACCGCGUUGGCCUAGCCACCUGGCGCUUCCACGGACGGCAGAUAUUGGAACGAUUUUCGGUGAAGGCCAGCUGCAAACUAUGCUGGUCUUCCUGUCUACUAAGUGGGUAGUUGUGGACGAGAAUCGACAUUGUUGAUAGGACGCAGACGGCUGAAGUUUGGCACGCCGAUGACGGGACUGUGUCGUGGUGGCAGUGAACCGUCAUUGGACGAGUUUUCUCGCCACCGUUGCCGUUGGUCAGGUGCCAGGGAGGACGAUCUUUAAGAAGCUAUUGAGGCGGCUUCUGGGAACCUAGAUUCAAUUCUGGGGCGGUACAGCCACAAGGCCUCCUGGCAAAGGCCGCAUCUUCACGGAAGUACAAAUUUCGUCACCACACUUUGGCGCCCUGCCCCCCAAUGCGGUCCCUGAACACGCGUGGGGGCUUUAGGUCGGCAUUAACGGCUGGAAGUCAGUUAUCCUCAGGCCCAUUUUUAUGAAGUUUUCGUGAAGAUAAUACGAAGUUUGUCAAGUACCCAACAGAAUUGCCGAUGAGAACGGAAGCGUGACCUUCGGGAAACAGUUGACAAGAAAAAGCUCUUAUUGUCGGAACAUGACCAUUCACUCUUCCCGGGCAAGGCCUUGGCAUCAAAUAGAGAUUAUUAAGUAUAUUGGUGUAUGUUUUUAGAGCACAAAACAAUACCUCCAAAACAUGCUCCCAUCAACCUACAUAAACUUUCCCUCAAACUCCACAAACCUGGCCCGAUUAAGUGCUGAGACCUGUUUUUAUGUGGUGUCUCUUAUGGGUUUGCGCCUUUCCAGGCGUCAUUCUUGCCCACUUUACUUUUUUCCCCAUUAACGGUUUUCCGUAGGCUGCAGAUUAUCGCUUUCCCUUCUAGGCCCUGACCCAUAUUGAGCGUAGUCUGGCGGAUGUGUUCUCUAAAUCGGCGGAUGAAAAUUACGGAAUGGUAAAGAGGUUGACGAGGGAACUGGUCGCAGCCAAGGGCGUUGUACAACACACACCACUCGGAUUCUGA